AUGGAUCCCAUCACCAGCGGUCUCACUAUUCUUCAGCUCGUUCAAACAAUAGCCCAAGCUUCAGCUCUCUUGUAUGGAUAUGUUGCUUCCGUCUGCAACGCCGACUCGUCCUGUCAAGAUUUGCUCAAUGAGCUCAGUGCAGUUGGUGGCGUCCUCACUACAGUCAUGGCGAUCGAGAGGGACGACUCUCUUCCACCCAAUCUCAGCCAUGCACUUUCAACCCUGAUGGCUACAGACGGACCAGUCGCAAAAUUACUGGUGGAACUAAAGAGCAUUCUGCCAAACGAACAGGCCGGGAAAAUGAAGACGAUUUCCAGAUUGACGUGGCCAUUCAAGGAAAAGGAAGCAGGCGCGAUCAUCGAUAGAUUGAAAAACUACUGUGGCGAGAUUACGAAAAUUUUAGCAAUUGACACAUGGAACACGCUCAAGGAAGUCAAGCAUGAAAUACAGCAAGUCAAUCGGACACUCCAGGAACAUUCUGCUGCACAAAAGGUGCGCGAACAAGCCAAGGAACGUCGAGAGUUACUUGAAUGGAUGAACCCUGUGUCUUGUGCUGAAAAACAUGACACUUCCCGUGGCCAGCGCAACCCCGGGACCGGUCGUUGGAUUUUCCAAAACGAUCAGUUUGUAGCUUGGAACAACUCGGAUCGCGCAUUCCUAUGGUUGAAUGGCCAGGCUGGUCAUGGAAAGACUAUCCUCGCCUCAGCCGUUGUAGACGAGAUUCAGGGUAGCGAUCAAGCAGCACAGACGCUCGCUUUCUUCUAUUGCAAUUUUCGAGACGACAAGACGACAAACGCGGCUGCAGUAUUGCGCUCCUUGGUUGUUCAGCUGCUUCAACAAUCUAAAGACGACUGGAUCACAAAGAUAGGCGAGCAGCAAGAAUCGAACACAGAAUGGGACUUUGAUUCUCUACGAAACCUCUGGCAGCAACAACGCGAUGGAAAGCCGCAUCCCACAGAUCUGGGGUUUCUACUGAAGCUUCUUGUUGAAGCGUCUACGCUAGUUCGCCGACCAGUCCUCGUGAUUGAUGCCUUGGACGAAUGCAAAGACUACCCCGACCUGGUCAGACAUCUCGCAAACCUUACCGAAGACGCUCGACUACGACUUUUCGUCACCGGUAGAAGCGAGCCAGACAUCAAAAAAGCUUUCCAUGACCGCCCCACCGUAUCGCUGAAGGACCGCGCUAAACAAAUGAAAGCAGAUAUACAUCUGCAUAUCACGGAGCAGCUCAAGACCCGAGAGCGCCUGUCAUGCCUACCCGAACCACUCAAAGAGACUAUAUUAAACAAACUGUCAGGAAAAGCCGAAGGGAUGUUUCGCUGGGUUCAGUGUCAACUAGAUGUCAUCAUGAAGUGCAAAAGACCUGACAGUAUUCGGAAAGCCCUCGACAACCUUCCGGCAGGACUAUACGAAACGUACGAUAGGAUUCUUAACUCCAUCGAUGAAAGAGGGCAAGAUGAUUUCUCGAUUGCCCAGCGUUGCUUGCUUUUGGUAGCCGGCGCAUUCACCCCUUUGACUCUUGACGAACUCAAUGAAGCGAUGAUGAUCGAAGUGGGACGGCAGAGUCUUAAUGAGGACCUUGGCGUUACGGACACUAUGGAUAUCGUGGUUGCAUGCGGAAGUCUCGUGACCUACAACGAAAAAAAUGGUGUCGUCACUCUAUCUCAUUAUAGCGUCAAAGAAUAUUUGACCAGUCGCCCUAAUAAGAUUCUGAAAUCAAUCUCAGAUAUGCACGCACGGAUCUGCGAGCUCUUGAUCACGUAUGUGUUAUGUGACUUUGUGGAUGAGAUCUGCGCAAAAGGUGAACAUCCAGCUACACAAAGAAGUCCAUUUUUUUGGGAACGUGCUGAUGUUGCCGAUGUCAGCAAAGACCAUCCGUUGCUAAGCUAUGCAAUUCUAGGAUGGAAGCACCUUGGACAUGUUUCGGAUGAGGAUCCGGAUGUUAUGGACGCCCUGUCACGGCUGAACUUGGAGUUUCUUCGAAACACCAAGAAACAUCAUAUUCUUGCAACUCAAAAGAGUGAAUUUCACCUCACUACUACUACCAAUAGGUGGUUGAGUGCUGCCGUGACUUUACCCUCACUUCUAUUCAUCCCACUUGAGCACGGCAAGCCGUGGAUGGUCGAAUCUCUAGUCAAGCAACAUCCCUAUCUCCUGGACGUGGAUAUUGCCCGUGGUUGGGGUUCUCCCUUGAUGUUUGCCAUUGCCAAGAGCCCUGAUUGCCUCGGUAUUUUCCUGAAGUCAGGUGACCGCCUCAACAAGCUUUCUUCCCUCAGACCCGGUUUUUACUACGGAAUUUAUAUUGAUGACGGCUCCUAUACUCCAAUUUCGUGGGCAGCUGCGACUAGUAGCGAAGUCGCCGUAGAUUUCUUGCUGUCACAAACAGGGGUCAACCUACCUAGUGAUAUUCUGCAUAUGGCUAUUAGGGCGCACGAACCGUCACAUGAAUCUGUACGCAAAUUUCGCCUACGCGGUGCGGAUGCCAAUUUCACAGUUGACGGUGAUACCCCUCUCCAUUAUCUCCUCUCCAAUCAGCUACGCUAUGCCGAAAUCCAACCGCUACCCAUCGUAAAAGCGCUCGUUGAACCAUCUUGUAAUCUUUCUUUGCGAGACCGGACUGCCCGAACAGUACUACACAUUGCUCUUGAUAACCAUGUGGAAGGUGUUGUCGCGUACCUUCUCGAGCAAAACCCUGGGCUAUCAGCAACGGCGACUCUGCUUCCAGACAUGUGGAGCUGGGCUACAAACAAGACGUGGUUUCCCAAGGUCCAAGAAGCAGCUCUUGCUGCUGAUCAACCGUACACCAGAAUUAAGGGAAAGGUUGAUGCUACUGCGAAAUCUGCAAUCGUCGAGUUUUCAGUUGCAGCCACUACCAGCCGCGAUAACCCUAAUCCGAUUUGCGCUGUCGUUGUUUCAGCGAUACUCAAUAGUGAUUUCGAGGUGCCAAGUGAGUAA